AUGGAAUCACUUCUUAGAGCCAUCCACUGUGCAUCAAAGGCUUUCCAAGACUGUUCUAUUAUUUUACCAGUCGCCAUUGAUUUAAUUAAAUCUACAAAACGACAGCUUUAUAAUAUGCGCAAUGAUGAAUUUUGGGAUGAUGUUACAAAAAAAGCAAAAACUAUUGCUGUUAAAAAUGGUAUCAACAUAAAUAAAAAAAAGAAUCCAAGAAAGACUUGUUUGAAUAAGAAUCUAUUUUAUGUUGAAACUACGGUUGGUCAAAGUAAUAAGAACAAAACUUCAGAGUUGAGUAAAGACUUGAAAAUCAUUUUUUUUUCAGCAGUUGACAGAUUUGUUAAUGAAUUAGAUAAACGCUUCAAUGAUACAAAUAACAGCAUUAUUUUAACUAGCAGCAUUUUCCUUUCCUCCAGCCCUGAAUAUUUUAAUUUUAAAUGUCCAUUCCUUGAUGAUUUUUUACAAAAUUACAAGCACUUUAAUAUUAACACUAUCAAACUAAAAGCUGAAUUUCUGAGUGCUAAAGAAUUACUUUCGGGUGGUUCAAAUACCAAACAUGAUCUAUAUUCCAUUUCAAAAAUAUUACUCCAAUUACCUCAAUGUUACUCUGAAACAUUAAAAAUAAUAACCAUUCUUAUGACCUUAAAAGUUUCCACCGCUUGUAAUGAACGCUUUUUUUCAUCACUUAAGCAAAUUAAAUCAUAUUUAAGAUUAACUGUGUGUGAUGAUCGUCUCAAUGAUUUAUUGGUUGUUGCUGUUGAAAGUGAUGAGGAAUCAACAAUUAAUUUAGAUGAAGAACUUCACGUUUUUGCAAGUAUGAAGAAUCGUCGCUACCCACUUAUAAGCUAG